CGGAGUGGCGGGCGGGCCGAGCGCGGCGGCGGCGGCGGCGGCAAUGUCGGGUUCCGGGGGCGGCAAGCUAGACGUCAACCGGGCCGGCGCGGCGGAGCUGGAGCGGGCGCUGGUCGGCAUCGGCCGCCGCCGGGCGCGGGGCAUCGUGCGCAAGAGGGAGGAGCUGAGGGGCUUCGCCCGUCUGGAGGACUUGCUGCGCGUCAAGGGCAUCACCGCCCGGACCCUGGAGCUGAACCGCCAACGUGUGACCUGCUCGCGCCGCCCGGAGACCCCCGACGGCCACCCCCGGCAGCGUCGCGGCCCCGCGGCCGCCCAGGCCUCUCCGCGCACCGGGAGGGAGGCUGGCGGGGCGCGGAGCCUCUCCCGCGCGUCCCCCUCCCCUUCCCCUUCGCAGGAUGGCGGCGGCGGAGCGGGAGGGGCGCGCGGGAAGCUCGCCCCGCCCCGCAGCCCUCGAAGGACGGAGCACAGCUCGGAGCGCGACGGCGGGUCCGGGUCCCCGCGGGGCAGCCCCGAGUCGGGCGACGAGGAGGAGGAGAGCAGCGAUGGCGACGAGGCGGGCGGGGACGGGUACUUCUACUACACUGUGGAUGAGCGCUGGAUCGACUACGUCGAGCGGACAGAGGGUGGCAGGCUCCUCCACCACCCCCGGCCCAAGAUGAAGCGCAAGUCAGAGAACGGGCAGGAGGGCAGAGCCCCAUCUCCUGGGAAAAAGCUCUGCAAAGGUUUUGAGCGGAGUAGGAUGCUGGGUUCCUGCAUCGCUCGGCCUGCUGCCACUUUUGGGGACCUUCGGAAUGCCAAGGCCGGUCAGGCACGCUGCCGGCAUGUCCCCCCUGUGACCCCACCCCCCGAGCUGCAGGACUGGUUACGGACUUUCCAGCGCUGGAGUGGCCCAGAGAAGCUGCUGGCCCUGGACGAACUCAUUGACCGCUGUGAGCCUCCCCAGAUUAAGCAUAUGAUGCAAGUGAUUGAGCCCCAGUUCCAGCGGGAUUUCAUCUCGCUUUUGCCAAAGGAGCUGGCACUGUAUGUCCUCUCCUUUCUGGAGCCUUGUGACCUGCUCCGAGCCGCACAAACAUGUCGCUACUGGCGCAUUCUGGCCGAAGACAACCUGCUGUGGCGGGAGAAGUGCCGCGAUGGAGGCAUUGAAGAGCCUCUGAGCCUGCACAAGCGCCAGCUGCUUAGCCCAGGCUUCAUGUACAGCCCUUGGAAACUGGCCUUUCUGCGGCAGCAUUGCAUAGAUAUGAACUGGCGCAACGGAGAUGCCCGCCCCCCCAAGGUCCUCAAGGGUCAUGACGACCACGUCAUCACGUGUCUCCAGUUCUGUGGGAACCGCAUUGUCAGCGGGUCAGAUGACAACACCCUUAAGGUUUGGUCAGCCAUCACUGGUGAGUGUGUCCAGACUCUGGUAGGACACACUGGUGGCGUCUGGUCCUCCCAGAUGAGGGACAAUAUCAUCAUCAGUGGCUCUACAGACCGGACCUUGAAAGUGUGGAAUGCGGACACUGGCGAAUGUGUGCAUACUCUCUAUGGUCACACCUCGACCGUGCGUUGUAUGCAUCUCCACGGCACCAGGGUUGUGAGUGGCUCUCGUGACGCCACCCUCCGUCUUUGGGAUAUAGAGACAGGGCAGUGUCUGCAUGUGCUAAUGGGACACGUGGCUGCUGUGCGCUGCGUCCAGUACGAUGGGCAUAAGGUGGUGAGCGGUGCCUAUGACUACACAGUGAAGGUCUGGGAUCCUGAGACAGAAAGCUGCACCCACACUUUGCAAGGCCACACCAACCGCGUCUACUCCCUGCAGUUUGACGGCACUCACAUUGUGAGUGGCUCCCUGGACACCUCAAUCCGCGUAUGGGAUGCCGAGAGCGGCAACUGCUUGCACACGCUGAUGGGGCACCAGUCCCUCACGAGUGGCAUGGAGUUGCGGGACAAUAUCCUGGUUUCUGGCAAUGCUGACUCCACCGUGAAAAUUUGGGAUAUCAAGACAGGACAGUGUUUGCAAACUCUCCAAGGGCCCAGUAAGCACCAGAGUGCAGUCACUUGCCUCCAGUUCAGUUCCAAGUUUGUAGUGACCAGCUCAGAUGAUGGUACAGUCAAGCUGUGGGAUCUGAAGACGGGGGAGUUUGUGCGCAACUUGGUUGCUCUGGAAAGUGGGGGCAGCGGAGGGGUUGUCUGGCGCAUCCGGGCCUCCAACACCAAACUUGUGUGUGCCGUAGGCAGCCGCAACGGGACUGAAGAAACCAAGCUGCUGGUGCUGGACUUUGAUGUGGACCUGAACUGA